AUGCUCUCGUCCCGCUUCCUCGCAAGCUGGGCUGCUGUCCUUUCAGCCUUGCCGCUGGCCACCGCCUUCUACCCGUAUGCCUUCGAUGCGAGCCCCUUGCGUGCCCGCGGCGAGCCCUCCGCCGGCGCUGAUGCUGCCCUCCCCUUCGCUUUGCCCCUCCGUCGCACCCGCACCAAGCGGGACAGCCAAUUCAAGGUCGUCUCCGCCACCGAGCCCACCCAGACGGACAGCGUUGCCGUAGACACGGACGGCAACGACUUCUCCUAUUUCUCCACCCUGCGUUUCGGCACCAGCGACAACGAGUACAAUCUCCUGCUGGACUCGGGCGCUGCUAACACGUGGGUUAUGGGGUCCGAGUGUGCUACCGAUUCAUGCGCCAAGCACAACACGCUCGGCUCCAGCGACUCCAGCUCGCUCAAGGUCACUGAUGACACCUUCUCCAUUUCCUACGGCACUGGCAGCGUCAAUGGCACCAUUGCAAGCGACACGGCCCACAUCUCCAAUUUUUCCGUCGACCUUACUUUCGGUCUUGCUGGAUACGCGUCCUCUGAGUUCUCCUCGUAUCCCAUGGAUGGUAUCCUUGGACUGGGUCGGGCCGACAAAACCGACAAUGACGUGACCGACGGCACUAUCAUGGACGCCCUCGCUAAAGCUUCUCUCAUCCCAGCCAAGCUGUACGGCAUCCAUCUCUCGCGCAGCUCGGAUGACCUCGAUGAUGGGGAGCUCAACUUUGGUGCCCCUAACCCCAACCGCUACAGUGGCGAUCUCGCAUGGACCAGCACCAUUGACAACAAUCGUGGCUUUUGGGAGAUUCCGAUCGCCGACGCCGCUUUCGACGGCACCUCAGCUGGCUUGACCGACAGAACCGCCAUCAUCGAUACCGGCACUUCUUACAUACUCGUUCCUGGCGACGACGCUGCGGCUUUGCACAAGCUCAUCCCGCAGUCGUCGCAGAAUGGCGAGCUUUUCACCCUCCCUUGCAGCACCACCCAGCCUUUGCAACUCAGUUUUGGCAAAAAUUCCUACAACAUUUCAGCCAAGGACUAUGUGGGCAGCAAUGUUGGUGGAAGCACCUGUCAAAGUAACAUUGUCGGUCGCCAGACUUUCGGUGAGAAGCAAUGGCUGGUCGGUGCCGUGUUUCUGAAGAAUGUAUAUACAGUUUUCGACUACGACAAGUCCCGAAUCGGAUUCGGCACGAAAACCGCCGGCUCGUCUCUGGCCGAAACUUCAGCUAGCCCGACAUCCACUGCUUCUACCAGCUCGGGUGCAAAUAGCUCAUCCAGCUCGACUGCGACCGCGUCCAUUGCUCCCUUGGAAGGCUCGGGGUCAGAAUCGCAGUCGACCUCCAGCUCCGGCUCUGCAACGGCUGCAGCUUCGACUGCGACACAGUCGUCCGCUGCCUCAGCUCCUGCUGUUAAAGAAGGGCUUGGGUUGAACGCGAGAACAGGUGCACUGCCUCUGCUUAUUGCUGUGCUCUAUCUCGUGGUUGUGUUCUGA